AUGGACAGGCGUCGGCGCCCCAGAAGCCCCAGUGAGCCCCAGACAGAACGGAAGGCCACCAACGCGGCACAGAGCAGGUGGGCCGCCACCCAGCGGAACCCAGCAAGCUGUCGGUGGACAGAGCAGCAGCCCAGGACAGGGUCACAAGCAGCCGCAGUGCACCCAGCUUGGCGUCCUGAUCCGCCAGUGGCCCUGGACCCGACCCAGGGCCAGCAGAUUCCCGGCGCCCCCGGCAUGAUCGUCGUGGUCUUGGAACCAGGAACAGACCUGGAGCUGCGCCUGGGCGACGAGGUGCUGGUCCUGGCCCCGCAGGCAGCCCUGCAGCUCACGCUCCCCGACCUGCUGGUCGUCGUGGUCCCCGCGCAGCUGCUGAGGUCGCCCGAGGGGCUCUGCUUCCCCGCCCACGCCCGUUGGCUCCACCCCGCGGACCCCGACGCCACGUGGCAAAUCCACCUGGGAGACGGAUGCGUUGCGGCCCGGAGCACAGGGCGCCAGAGAACUCCACGGGCGCCCCGCGACCCGCGCUGUAGCCCCCCUUGCCCGCGCACCCUCCUCCUGAAGCCCCUCUGCAGGGCCGCGGGCCCCCGGCGCGCCUCCCCUGUGCAUGGGCCCCGCCUGGGGAGGCGCCCGCUGCCCGCCGACUUCAGCCUGGACCUCGGCGGUCCGGGGCCCUGGCCCAGCUCGGCGCUCAGGCCCCUGCCUCCCUCCCCCAGCCCGGGGCCCAGGCUCUGCCACGCGGCGCGGCGCAGGCCCCCCUGCAAGGCCCGCAGACGGCUCUUCUGA